AUGGUCCUGGGCUUGGAUUGCUUUGGUUUUAUGGCGAGGAAGGCGCCAGAGUCAUCUAAGCAGCAAGAAGCUGGAGAUGCGAAGAAAAAGAAGGACGCGGCAGAAGAAGCAUCCCGGGAGGCCAGUGAGAAUAAGGGUGAGAAGGCUGUAGAGAAGAACAAGAAGGGGAGAGGAACAGGGUCCCCCGUCGUGGUGCCUCACUUCCCUAGCCGUUCUACCCCUGCCUUGAUCUAG